GGCAACCGCAUUUAUAUCGUUUCAAGUAGUACAACAACAUGAAGUUUACAAACGGCAGAGGCCUCGCCAUCCCUCAGGGUAUAAACAUGGAUGGCAGUUAUAUAUCCGAAGUUUCACUCAAAUGUUGCACGCACACGAAUAUUUAUCAAUCCAGUGAAAUUAGUAAUAGAUUAAAGUUCAAUAUCAAACCCACCAUGUUAGGCCUUUUUAAGGAGCAGUCGAUGCUCUCACCCAAGAUCCAGAAUCUUGUCUCUACUACUUUGGAACCCGGGACGGCAUUAGCUCAAAGUCCCUGCAGGUAAACGAUCUAGGAUUGUAUAGCUCCACAUUCAAAUAUACCUCUAGUGGAUAUUGACUUCUUGAAGCUAUCGAUUGGUCCAAAAGCGAUCACCACGCUCGGUGAGGUCGCAAUGGAAAAGAGCUGCCGCGAAGGUCUCCCACCAUUCCCCACCCCUUUAGAGGGUUCUCCUGUUCACAAUGCAUGCAACACACAAAACUGCUUUAAGAAGAUCCAUGCUACUGUGGCCAAUCUGAAGCCAGCAGUGGCGGUGCUUGUGGAUACCUUAUUCAGCCCUGGGAAGGAAAAGGGAGAUUACACGUAAAUUCCUUAGUGUGCUUUAGGAUGCGCAAUCGACGGCGCAGAUACCCCUGCGUUUUUUGACUUCGGGCCUUGUGAAUACACUAAUGCGAUUACUCAUCCAUCGUCAGAAGAAAAAUUAUUUACCACAAACGGUAAGGAGUCGCAUGAACCACAAUUGUUUACUUGCAGGCAGAAACACAUCCCACGACCUUUAGCGGCUUUUCAGGCGAGGCCUCCGCAGAGGCUACGUUUUUUCGCUUAUAAUAUGUAUUCUAAACGCUGUCUUUAACUUGUGAAACUGGCACAUGGGCUUUCUUUUAUGGGGUUAACUUUGGGUUUCAACCCUUAUUACAAUGAACCACCCCUAAAACUGCCUCUUAACAAGUGUUGCGAUGAAAUAUGGGUUUUCAUCGAUGCGUAUGAAGAUAGUUCU